AAUGGUUUAUUAUCAAUCAUCGUCGUCAAUUUGGACCUUAAUCGAACCGCCACCACCAUGGGCUCUCUCACUCUAACGUUGCAGCUCGUGAAGGAAGAAAUCCCGGUGAAACAACAACCUCUCCGUUUGUCCGGUGACAUCAAAACUGGUCUCGUCCUCGUUGACGUAGUCAAUGGCUUCUGCACCGUUGGUGCUGGCAAUAUGGCUCCGACAGAACCCAAUGAGAAAAUUACCAAGAUGGUAGAGGAAUCUGUGAGUCUUUCGAAAAAGUUUGCUGAGAAGAAUUGGCCUAUUUUCGCUUUCCUUGAUUCGCAUCACCCGGAUAUUCCAGAGCCCCCUUAUCCUUCACACUGUCUUAUUGGAUCAGAUGAGGGAAAAUUGGUUCCUGAGCUCCUGUGGUUGGAAAAUGAGCCAAAUGCAACGCUCAGGCGAAAAGAAUGCAUUGAUGGAUUUCUUGGUUCAUAUGAGAAAGAUGGCUCCAAUGUGUUCGCUGAUUGGGUGAAAAAGAAUCAGAUAAAACAAAUUUUGGUUGCUGGGAUAUGCACUGAUGUAUGCGUGCUGGAUUUUGUCUGUUCAGUUUUGUCUGCGAGAAAUCGCCAGUUCCUUCCGCCUCUGGAAAAUGUGAUUGUGUCCACCGAAGCUUGUUCUACUUAUGAUGUUCCACUACAUGUAGCCAAGACUAACAAGGAUUGGGUGUCCCAUCCGCAGGAACUGAUGCAUCACAUUGGCCUUUACAUAGCAUGUGGAAGAGGAGCCGAGAUAGCAUCAGAGGUGAUAUUUGAAUAGUUUAGAAGUAUUUAGACCCAAAAAGGGAAUAUGUGGUGUGAGUGGAGUGAUUGAUAGAGCAUUCAAUGUUUUGAAUAAUUGAGAGAUGUUUAGACCCGCAGAAUGGGAAUAAGUGGGAAUAAUGGAACGAUUGAGAGAGCAUUAAGUGUUUGUAUAUUUAUGCUACAAUGCUUGCUAGGAUACCACAACACUUAGUUUGGGUAUGAUAUAUGAGAUGAUGUGUACCAAUCAAAUAAAUCCAGAGUGUAAUUAAAAAAAGCAUUUUCUCUUUUUAUUUUUAUGUUAAAUAAAAGUUAUUAUUAAUUUCA